GUGUACAGUGUAAAGCCACACCUUUCAGGUAUCCUCCCAGGAGUUGUUAGCAAGUGAAAUUCAGUAGAGGAAAGCUCGGGAAACUUAUUCACAUUACAGCACCAGCCACUGACACACUAAGGGCACUAGCAUAAACCAUGACUUCCACCCUGAACAGGAAAACAUAUACCGAGACAUCCAAGAGCAAGUCUGGUGUGGUAGAGGACAGCAAAAAGAAGGCGUCCCUGCUGAAGGACAACAGCUGGAUCAAGAAAGAUGUGACUGAUGAUAAAGCAGUGGAACAAAAUUCAAACUAUGGAAGAAGUGUCCUGAGCCGGUUUAAAUCCACAGAAAAUAUCAGCAGCACUACAGAAAUAAACACUAGCUCCACCAGCUCCUCCAAAGUCACUGAAACUGGUUCAUCAAAAAAAUAUGUCCAGUCCCUGACUAAAAGAUUUAGUGUGAGUCAGGAUGAACUGGAUUCAAGCAGAUUUACCGCAUCGGUAGAGCCGAAGACAAGCACUACUACUACAUCUUUCAAAAAUGGCAUGAAGACAUCUGUGACCACAAGCAGGACACCAACCAAAACGGAGACAUUUACUGAAAAGAUCUUCACAGACUCCAAAACUAAUAUCGGAGUAGACAAAAAAACUUUCAAACCAGUACCACCAAUCUCACCCACCAAGACUACUAAGAGAGAGACUGUCACAGUGACUACUUCUAAGGAUAACACAGUGCAGGAAGACAACAAAACAGUCAAAGUUGUGACAACACCAACCUCACCCACCAAGAGCGCCAAGACAGAGACUGUCACUGUGACUACUUUUAAGGACACCAUAGUUCAAGAAGACAGCAAAACUGCCAGAUCAGCACCACCAUUCUCACCCACCAAGUCUAGCAAGACAGAGACUGUCACUGUGACUACUUUUAAGGACACCAUAGCUCAAGAAGAUAGCAAAUCAGUCAAAUCAGCACUACCAACCUCACCCACCAAGAGCAUUACAAGCACAAGCUAUAAAAGUACUACUCCUACUUCUAAGACAACAUCCUAUACCUUCAGGUCCACACCCAGUGCUGAGGACCAGUUGUUUGAUACUCUCAUACCCACAUCCAUCAAGUCAGCUCAGGCGUCUGACCCCAGAAGUGUAACCAGUUCUACAACAUAUGCUAGAAGAUCUUACAAAGAUAGCAAGCCAGAAGAGUAUUUUUCUGAAACCGUGGUCAACGAAUCUGUGAAGACUGUGUCCUCAGCAUCUGAAAGUUAUGGAUAUGGCAGUCAGAGGGGCUCCUCAAAAACCUACUCUACAACAACUUACACAGAGAACAGACCUGAAGAUUACUCCGACAUCUACAAAUCAAGAACUGUUGAGACAGUUUACACAUCACCUGAAAGGAAAAUCGCAGACAGGGAUCUUUGCACAUACUGCCAGAAACCAAUGCUCUCUGAUACAAAGAUGAUUCUAGAGGAUGUGGAUAUAAAGUGCCAUGCCAGUUGUUUUAAGUGUGAUGUGUGUAAGAGUCCUCUUGGACACCUAAAGGCAGGAGACAGCAUGUGGGUGUACCGCCGCAAUGUGCACUGUGAGGCCUGCUUUGGUAUCACCAAGGGUAAAUGGCAACGCUGAGGACAAAACCACUUCAAGUCCAUGAAGCGCACAGACACGAAGGAGUUUCUCAUAAUGUUAAAAUAGUUUGAUAUAGUGAAGGAAAGAACCCAGUUCUUUAUGCAUAUCAAAAGUACUCACCUAGGGGUUUUUAAUAAUUAUUCAUUUGAGAUUCAAAAAAGAAAAAAAUACAGUUUGGGUGGUGGAUCUGUUGAAAAUGUGUGUGGGAGUGGAUUUACUUCUUUAUUUUACUUUCUUCAAUAAAUAAUAUAUAAUAUAAUUAACAAGUGAAGUAAACUGUUAGGAGCCACCAUGUUUUCAUGUAUUAUGUCAGUGAAGUGUUGGGGCCAUUUCUUUGGGUUUCUUUUUAAUUUUUUGUUUAAAAAUAAAAAAUAUUACCCCUUGUUGGAUUGACACCUAAUAAAAAAAAUAUUUUUAA